GUUGCUGCCCUCAUCCUGCUCCUGGUAGCCCUGCUGGCUCGUGUCCUCGUCAAAAGAAAACCACCCCGGGACCCGCUGUUCUAUGUUACAGAUGGAGAAGCUGAGAAACGAGGUCACGGUCGUAUCCUGAGACCGGCAUUGACCCCAAAGCCCGUGACCUUUGUGGCCCGAGCCGUUACCGCCUUCAAGCGCUUCCCCUGCCGGGAACUUUGCUGGGCGUUUACCCAUUCAGCGUCUGCUGUAGCCAGGCUGCGUGUCAGACACCCCCCAGGCCCCAGCUCCCUGUAGCAGCGGCACGCGCUUUCCAUAUUCCCCCUGCUUCGCUGAGAUGCAACUGACAGGUGACCUUGUGCGAGUGUGAGACGGACGCUGCGGUGACGCGAUGCGCGCAUACGCUGGGAGAUGGUGACCACGACCAGGUCGCUUGCCUUCAGGAAGGUCCUUCACCUCCCGUAAUCACCCGUCUCUGGUGCGCGGUGGGAACAUGAAGUAUGCGGCGCGGUGUCGUCGACCACGGUCACCACGCGGCAAAUCAGAUACCGCAACUCACUCGUCUUGCACCCGGAAGUUUGUUUGGCCGACAUCUCCCCGUUUCCCCCACUCACCAGCCCCUGGCAACCACCGUUCCAAGCUCUGUUUCUGUGAACUCAGCUUUUCUAGAUUCCGCAUUGUAUGCAGUGUUCGGAUUUACCAGUGUGGUGAACCUCAUCAUAGCACUGGAACAGGACGGAAUCAUUGACGGGUUUGUGACACACUACUUGAGAGAGGGUGAACCGUAUCUGAACACGGCGUACGGGCACAUGAUCUGCUACUGGGAUGGCUCUGCUCAUUAUUUGAUGUAUCUGGUGAUGGUGGCAGCCAUAGCAUGGGAGGAAAGCUAUAGAACCAUUGGCCUCUACUGGGUUGGAUCUAUUAUCAUGAGCAUUGUUGUUUUUGUGCCAGGAAACAUUGUGGGGAAGUAUGGAACACGCAUUUGCCCUGCUUUCUUCUUAAGCAUACCAUACACUUGUCUUCCUGUCUGGGCUGGUUUCAGAAUCUAUAAUCAGCCGUCAGAAAAUUAUAAUUAUCCCUCAAAGGUCGUUCAAGAAGUGCAAGCAAAGGACCUGCUGAGAAGACCAUUUGAUUUAAUGCUGGUCGUGUGUCUUCUCCUGGCAACUGGAUUCUGUCUGUUCAGAGGCUUGAUUGCUUUGGAUUGCCCGGCUGAGCUCUGCCGAUUUUAUACACAAUUUCAAGAGCCCUAUCUAAAGGAUCCUGCUGCUUAUCCUAAAAUCCAGAUGCUGGCAUACCUGUUCUAUUCUGUCCCUUACUUUGUGAUUGCGCUUUACGGCUUAGUGGUUCCUGGAUGCUCCUGGAUGCCUGACGUGACACUGAUACAUGCUGGAGGUCUAGCCCAGGCUCAGUUUUCUCACAUCGGUGCUUCUCUUCAUGCUAGAACCGCUUAUGUCUACAGAGUCCCUGAAGAAGCGAAAAGCCUCUUUCUAGCGCUAAACAUAGCAUAUGGAGUUCUUCCUCAGCUCUUGGCCUAUCGUUGUAUCUACAAACCAGAGUUCUUUAUAAAAACAAAGGCAGACGAAAAAGUUGAAUAAAAGUAUUAUUUCUUCCUCUCUA